AAAUGCUUCAAGAUUCACUGUCGACUGUACAGAGACACAGGUGUUGAGAAAAGAUGGCUUCAAUUCCUGCAGGAACUGAUCUGAGAAUCGUGAUGAUUGGGAAAACUGGUGUGGGGAAGAGUGCUGUUGGAAACACCAUUCUGGGAGAGCGUCAAUUCAACUCUCGUCCCUGUUCAGAGUCAGUUACUAAGUCCUGUGAUAAAAAUGAGAAACGCUUUGGUAGCACAAUGGUGAGUGUGAUAGACACACCUGGGAUCCUGGACACAAAGGUCUCCAAAAACUUCAUCAAAGAAGAAAUAGUGAGAUGCAUCAAAGUCUCAUGUCCUGGUCCUCAUGUCUUCCUGCUGGUCAUCCAAAUUGGUCGAUUCACCAAAGAAGAGAAAAACUCUGUGGAGGCCCUGCAGAAGCUGUUUGGUCCAAAAGCAAACCAGUACAUGAUUGUGCUGUUUACCCGCGGUGGUGAUCUUGGAGACAUGACCAUACAGGAGUAUGUACGUGAAGGCAGUGAAGACCUUCGUAAAGUCAUCCAAAGAUGUGGAGGCAGGUUCCACGCCUUUGAAAACACCAAGAAAGACACAACUCAAGUUGUGGAGCUGAUCAAGAAGAUCGACGACAUGGUGGCAGGAAACGGGGGAUCAUGUUACACGAAUGCCAUGUACAAAGAAGUGGUUGAAAAGGGCAACAAGAGUGAAGAUGAAUAUAACUUCAUUACUGAGCUGUGGAGAAACAUCCAGGAUUUUCUACAAAUUCUUACAAGAGAAUAAAUCUCUAUAAUCAAUGGCCUCAACACACAAGCUUACACAUAUCCAGUGUAAAAAGAAGUGUAUUUUACUUUAAUGGUCAGAUGACAAUAUUAAUAUUGUAUAUAAUAACUAGUUAGAUUUGAUCUCAUUUUCAUCAGCCUUGUUGUGUAUUGCCUGAGGUUCAUCUAUCAGUAAAAAUCUUUUAGAGAAAUUAUAUAUUAAUGAUUGUUAGAAUGCCUCUUUGGGUGAUGAUGAUAAAGUUUUACAGAUUAACAGUAGAUAUAAUACAGACUGUGAUGUGCUAAUAAAAUAAUGUAUUUCUGUAUUUCUUGAUUUUAUAUGAAUAUUCCUGGUGCUUUGGUGUGUCAGAACCUAAUUGUAUCCUGUUUAAUUUUCACUAACUGGUGUAACACGAAGCCCUUGAACAAGUCAUAUAUCAUGCCAAAGGUGAAAUAAACAUAUAUAUAUAUCCAACAAGAAA